AUGACAGAGAGUGAGCGUAACAGGAUACAGCUGGCACUGCUGAAUGAACAGAGCAUCUCCCCUUUCUCCCCCAAUGUCUGGUUGGAUGAUGAAGGCCUGUAUGUCUGUGAGGCCAAGAAUCAGUUUGGAACCAUCAGGACUGAGGCCAGAGUCAGUGUCAGUGGACUGGAGCCCCCUCUUUUGGCACAUGGUGCCCCAGUCAUCACCACUGGGAUUGGUCAGUCCCUGAGCAUACCCUGCAUGCUAUUGGAUGGAAUACCCCUGCCAGAGAGACACUGGACACACAAUGGAAACCAACUGCAACUGAGUGGCAGGAAGUUCCUGAGGAGUGAUGGCAGCCUGUACAUAGAGAGGGCACUCCAAGAGGAUGCUGGGACGUAUGUUUGCACUGCGGUGAACGUAGCCGGGUCGGUCAACACAUCAGUCAGCCUGGAAGUCCAUGUGCCCCCAGAGAUCAGCGCUGGUCCAUACCACUACAUAGCCAACGAGGGCAUGGCCAUCACCCUGUCAUGUGAGUCCAGCGGCGUUCCCAAGCCAACUGUUGUCUGGUCCAAGGGAAGGGAGCCCCUGCCCAGGGACAGGUCCUCUCCCCAGUCAGACCCUGAUGGCUUCCUCCAUAUCCUCAACCCCACUGCAGAAGAUGCAGGCAUAUACAUUUGCACAGCCACAAGUGCAGUGGGCUACACCAGCCGUGAGAUCCAGCUUAGCGUCAACACCAAGCCUAAGAUCGUAGGUGUGAGCGGUGAGGAGAACACGGUGAAUAUGGCUGCCGAGGUGGGCUCUGAGGUCAUCCUCCCUUGUGAGGUCCAGGGCAGUCCCUCUCCUCUGGUCACAUGGAGCAGGAACGGCCAGCCCAUCCCUCCAGUCACUGCCUGGGACACUGCAGCCCUCAGGAUCCACAGGGCCAGCCACACUGACCAGGGCACCUACAGCUGUGUGGCCAAGAACACUGCCGGACGGGACACCAUGGAGGUCAAACUGGAGGUGUUAG